AUGCCGUCCCCAGAGCUUCCGCAGGAUCAUCCUGCGCAAGAACCGGAAAUGGAACCCCUUCUCGGAGAACCAAGGGCUGCCGGCGCACUUCAGCGUGAGGACUCUCCGAUGCUCGCCAACCUUUAUAUUGGUACCGGUAUCCUAGCCCAGCUCGGGGCCAUUAUACUCUUCUCCGUGAUUUGGGUGCACAUACUCCGCCGUGACUGGGUUAUCUUCUCUGGCCACCCCAUCGCCAUGUCGCUGGCGCUCUUGGCCAUUAUCCAGUCUAUCCUGAUCCUUCAACCCACCCAUACUCCCGGCCAGAAGCGCGCCGGCCAACGCGUCCACGCUAUUCUUCACCUCGUCUCAUUCAUCUCCCUCCUCUCUGGAAUUGUCAUUAUCGAGUACAACAAGCAUGUCAACAACUUGGCCCAUUUCCACUCUGCGCACGCCUACAUCGGCGCCAUCACCGCCACUGUCCUCCUCCUUCAGUACGCGGUCGGCUUUACUAUGUGGGCUACUCCCGGUCUCUACGGAUCCGUAGACCGCGCAAAGUCCAUCUGGAAAUACCACAGGUGGAGCGGCUAUAUCUCCCUUGUGCUCCUACUCACAACGGUUCUCAGCGCCGCGCAGAUCCCUUUCGUUGGGAAGAUCAUUGGUAUCCAGUUCUGGUGGGUUUUUGGCUUGAGCGUGCUGAUUCUGUCGGGAAUCGUUCCCAGGAUUCACUUGUGGAAGCUGUUGGGCCAGGUCCGACGCCAAUAA